AUGAAUCAAGAAGGCGGCGUAGCUUGUUGCGCGGUAUGCAACGAAAUAACUCAGCGGAGAUGCGGUCGCUGCCUUGACGUAUAUUAUUGUAAUACGGAACAUCAACGGCAAGACUGGAGAAGACAUAGAAGUGAAUGUGUACCCAAGUUAGUGAAGGAUUCGAAAAGCGAUAAUUCAGGUGAACGUUCAAUACUUGUCAAAGAAGAUACGAAGAAAGUGAAAGACGUAUCUUCUAAUGUCAUAGAAGACGUGCAAAAAAGUUCAAAAAAAGAGUGUAGUGACAAACAUAGAAAAGGUAAAACGAAACACGUCAAAAAGUGUGGUAAGGAGGGUAGCACAGAUAAUGUUAGUAAACAUUCGGCGGUAGCGACUAAAAACUUUAAACAAAGUGAGGAGGCCUUAGCGAAAACUACCACGCAGAAUGACAAUAGUGUAAUUUCUAGUGUAGUGUAUACAAAUCGAGACUUAAGUACCCAUAGUGCCAUAACAUAUGAAGGUUCGUCGGAACAAGAAGUGUUACGUGAAUCUGCACAGCAACUGACUACUGUGGACUUUGCCACAGCUGGUACCUCAAGUGUGCUGAGAUCAGUGAACAAAACAGACUCUAGUAAAAUGCCUGUGUUGCCUAAUUAUACAGCUGAACAGGGUACCCGAGUUAAGGAGUACCCUGAGGCUUCAUUAAAGGGUAGCGGAGCACCUUUUAAUCACAUGCCCAAUAGCUUUUACAUGGAUCCGAGUGACCCAUGCUAUGAAAUUUGUCAGAGAGUUAUAAAAGACAUGACUCGUUUUGGAGUGUGUGUUCUAAACAAUUUCUUGGGUAGAGAGAGAGGACUGAUGGUGUUACAGGAAGUCUUAGACAUGUAUAAUACAGGUAUAUUCUCGAGGGGACAGUUGGUGUCAAGCCCUGGAAGCACAGACGCGCAGACGAUCCGAAGCGAUUUGAUCACCUGGAUCGACGGCAAAGAGACUAAAUGCUUCUACAUUAGACAACUUAUUAGUCAAGUGGACAAUAUCAUACUGAGAGCGAAUAAGAUGGCUAACAACGGGAAGAUGGGUGAUUACGUCAUCAAUGGCAGAACGAAGGCGAUGGUGGCAUGCUACCCUGGCUCCGGUAGCCAUUAUGUAAAGCAUGUGGACAACCCAAACAAGGACGGCCGCUGCAUCACCGCCAUAUACUAUCUCAAUCUAGAUUGGGACGUCAAGAGAUGCGGUGGUUUACUCAGGGUGUUCCCCGAAGGUACGAAUCAAGUCGCAGAUAUAGCACCAAUUUUCGACAGAAUGUUAUUCUUCUGGUCAGACAGACGGAAUCCUCAUGAAGUGCAGCCAGCGUAUAGUACGAGAUACGCUAUCACGUUAUGGUAUUUCGACGCACACGAAAGGGAAGUGGCGUUAAGGAAUUACAAAGAGCGCGGUCAGCCUUCUUCAAGUAAGUGA